ACGUUCAACCAAAUCAAGCGAACCUGCUCUUUCUUUCAAAAUCGAAUCUGGGUUUUGCCUUGCACUUGCCAAUUCCUCAAUUGCAAGUGAUGCGGAAUGAGCUUUAUCCAUGAAAAGCGCAGCAGGAAAUCGCGCCUUCUUUCGCGAAACACCAUUAUCAACCUCCUUCGCUUCUUCUGGGUCGUUCUUGUCAUUUGGUGCGAGUUCGGUGUAUUUUUCUACAGUUUAUCAGAUUGCAAGUGGCCUGACAAGGAGUUGAAGGGGGCCGGAUCGACCGAAAAGCCAACCCGAGUCCUCUUGAUUGCUGACCCCCAACUCCCGAACCCGAGACAUUCAGGGAUUUCGUGGCUCGGCUAUGGUGCAUCCUCUACUAGAUACUUACGCAAAGGCUGGAGCGUCGUCACCCGCCUGCACCCUCACGCAGUCGUAUGGCUAGGUGACGUGCUUUCCUCUGGACUCUACGUCACGAGUGAAGACGAAUACAAAAACUACGUGGAUGAAUUCAAGGGGAUAUUCACUAUUGACAAAUCUGUGCCGAACUAUUUCGUCCCAGGGAAUAGAGAUGUUGGUCUCGGAGAAUCUUCUACUUUCUCAAAGAAUGCGCGAAAAUAUUUUACCCAGUACUUUGGUCCUGUGAAUCAGGAGAUCGACUUGGCUGGCCAUAGGCUGAUCUUCAUCGAUGCCCCUGGAUUGGUCGACGAGGACUAUCGCCGACAUGGAAUGGGAAAGCAGUAUGAGACUUGGACGCCGGCUGCGGGUGGUCCAAUCGAGUUCAUCGCCUCCGUUGCCAUCAGGGCAUCAUCUAGCCCCAUCAUCUUAUUCAGUCAUAUUCCUUUGUCACGACCAGCAAGUACAUCGUGCGGGCCACUGCGCGAAAAAGGCUCUAUACGAGCCAGUGCAGGCCAUGGGUAUCAGAAUAUGCUUGGUAAACAAACCACUAGAUUUGUUCUGCACACACUUCGUCCAGCAGUGGUUUUCAGUGGCGACAACCGAGAUUACUGCAACAUGACCCACCAACUCCCCGCAACAGAUGCCAAUAUACUGGCAAAGACCACCGCCCGGGAAGUGACUGUAAAAUCGUUUUCCCCAUCAAGGCACAUCCGACGCCCGGGCUUCCAGCUCCUCUCUCUCAUCCCUCCGGGCUCUGCGGUAUCGCCCCAUGGCUCUACAUUCGCAGAUGCGCAUUGCCUUCUGCCCGAUACCUUCCGCAUCUUUAAUUCGAUAUACCUACCCGCUCUCGUACUCACCGGCAUCGUGCUCCUAUAUCUGAACAUCUCACCUGACCGUCACCAUCGUCGUUUUUCCACUCUCUCGCUCUCGCCUGUCUCUGCAAUUAGUAGGAGCAGACCAAGUUCCCCAUCGCGAGGCCCAGAAUCUGCAAUCUGGACUAACUGGUCCCCGCGGAAGUCAAGCGGUCCAACGAGUCCGGCGGUGUCACUCCCACCCUCAGUUACAGUGCGUGUCCCUAGUGCAAAAGAGAUAUUUACAUUCCGUGCCUUGUCGCCAUCAGCCACCGGAUCACCGCUUGAUUCACCGCUCCUAAGCCCUAUUCCGCUUUUCCACGCUGGACAUGAGGACGAGAUGAACCCCGCACACUAUCCUUCACAGCAUCACAACGAACAUGUCUGGCCUUCAGGCGAGGACGUUCACGAAGCGCCAUCGUUCCUUCCCUCACCGAGCGCACGUCAAUCAGAGAGGAAGUGGCCGUCAUGGAGCUGGAGCUUCGUAUUCAGAGGGAGGCGGCGGCGGAUAACGAUUGCACUGCCGACGUGGGGAGAGGUGAAAAACUUUUGUGCGUCUGAGGGAAACAACCGUGUCAGUUUAUCCAUAGGUAAGCGGAGGGGGAUGUUGUGGAGGUUGGGAGGCGACAGCAUCAGUGUUGCGCUGCCUGCAGUUGUUAUGUGGGCUUUGAUUGGUUGGCUAUUCUUUUGAGACGGUGGUGUUUGUGAUCGACGAUAGACUAUCUACUUGCAUGGAUUUCGCACCGUAUAAUGAUUGGCGUAGUGUACAUUGUAUCGCAGUACUCAGCGCGCACGCUUUGACAUGACUAUGAUCAUGACUUUUGGACCAUGUCGACAUUGCACAUUACGGUAUACUACACUAGCGGGCUGGGUAGCGAUAUCCAAAUGUUACAUUCAUAGCGAUGUCUGUAUUGCGGUAGUAUACUAAUACAACAAAGUCACCAUGUAACCCGCGACUCCUAACACUGUAAAUCAAGUAAGCCGGUCGUCGAACCUAAAACGAAACAGAACGUACGAUAUCCGGUGAACUUUUCAAAU